GCACGGCGCACCAGUAACCUUGUCUGAUGUGAUCAUUAACCUUUCUAGAAAACGCAGCUGGCAGUUCUCUGAGGGUUGUCAUUAGAAUGUGAGAAGAGCCACACAGCUUUUGCACAAGACUGUUCAAAGAAGUUUGGUUUACUUUGAGAGCUACUGCUCCACUUUAGUGUGGCAGAAAAAUGAGAUUUCAGCAAUUCUUUUUUGUAUUUUUUAUUUUUAUGAUGAGUCUUCUUAUCAAUGGACAGAGACCAGCUAAUUUGGCAAUGAGAAGAAAACUGCACAGACUCAGCUGCCAUCAGAGGAGAUGUAUGCCUCUCCAUUCACGAGUGCCCUUCCCCUGAGAUCUUUAGCUAACUUCCCCCGGUCUACAAGAUGAAGAAGAGGAGUGAAUGAAAAAUACCCACCCACACAAUAGUGUGCUUGCUUGGAAGUUACUGUAUGAAAAGGAAUCAUUUGAAAGCACCUGGGAUGUCUUAUUUGUUUCACAGGAUUCUCUUCUUUUCUUUUUAGAGGGAAAAUAACAUAAAUUUAAAAGUAUUUACAGUCUGAAGCACAAUUAUUUACCUGUAUAAGAAAAAUCUCUCAUCUUUUGUGCACAUUGUAAUUCUUAUGUGGGUUAAAAAGAAAAAUACUUUGUAAUAUCUUAGAACUCUCUAAUAGUGAAAAGUGCAAGAAUUUAAAAUUUUUCUUUGAUAUUCUUGUAAUUCUUCAAAAAUAUUAAGAUAACUAUAUGUUUGAGUAAUUCUUUUAAAAAUGCUAAAUCUGAAAUCAAUUGCAUGGACUAUUCAGCUUUGCAGAAUUGGGAGAAAAUAAAUGGUUCAUUGAUUACUUAUAUAGAGAGACUAAGAAAGAAGCUAUUAGUUGCUACCAAUUUUAUAUUAUAGGCUUUAAUGUUUAUAAAAGUAUUUUUUAUUUUGAAUACUAUUCAUUUAAAGUUGUAAAAGAAUGUUUGAAAUACUAGUUGUAGUUCAUUUUAUUUUAAAAUUGAAAUGUUCACUUCUGAAUCUUUUUCUCAUCAUGUAAUUACAAAAAGCUAAUGUUUGAUUUCCUUUGAAGUUCUGUUUUAUUUGUGUAGAUAGUCUCUUAGAAAGGCCUAUUUAAAGUGGACAUUUAAAAUAUAGUUAUGCAAACGAAGUCCCAAGUGGGGCAACAUCUCUAACAUGAGAGUUAAUCAUUCUGCUAGGUUCUGUUUUGGUGCUGUUCAACCUAUGGUGGUGAAACAUGUUUAAAAAAAAAAAUCAGAAGUAAUUUAGGGAUAUAAAAUUAUCCUGUCCAAAUCUGAAUUGUAUUGAUAAUUAGGUUUUCCCAAAUUCUUAAUUUUAUUUAUUGAAAGACUGUUAGCUCAGUGUCAUAAAGAUUUCUAUUAUUUUACUGUAAGUUAAUUCCAGGUAUAAAAUUUACAAAUUUAUGAAUUCAAUGGCUCAGGUGGUUAGAGCUCGAGCUCUGAGAAACAGGGUUGCCGGUUCGAUUCCCACAAGGGCCAGUGAGCUGCAACCUCCACAACUAGAUUGAAGACAACAACUUGCUGAGAUGCUGCUGAGCUGCAAGAAGUGGCCCCAUGGCUCAGAUGGUUAGCAGAGCGAGCUCUUAACAACAAGGUUGCCGGUUAGACUCCCACAUGGAAUGGUGGGCUGUGCCCCCUGCAAUUAGAUUGAAAACUACAACUGGACU